GUCACACCGGCACGCACUGACGGAACUGAUUGUGUAUCACUACCAUGUGAAAAUGAAGCAUCAAAACGUGGAUGCAACGAUGGGCGACAUCAGGACCAGGUUUUGGAUAACAAAGCUGCGUCGAGUGUUGCGUACAGUAAUAUCUGGAUGUAGUGUGUGCAAGCUACAUAGAGCGCAGCCAGCGCCACCUAUAAUGGGUCCUUUGCCAGAGGACAGACUGGAGGCCAAUGGAUGGCCAUUUAAGUUUACGGGUCUGGACUACUUUGGACCACUUCUUGUGACCAACGGACGUCGAAAGGAAAAGAGAUGGGUUGCCUUGUUUACGUGUCUGACAACAAGGGCCAUACACUUGGAGUUGGCACAUGACCUGUCAACUGAUUCCUGCAUAAUCGUGAUCAGGAACUUUCUUUGCCGUCGCGGGCCUGUACUGAGGUUGCGCAGUGACAACGGAAAGAACUUUGUUGGGGCCGAUAGAGAAGCCAAAAGGCUCAUAGAUGUAUUCGAGCCGGAGAAGAUUCAGGGUGAGCUAUCUUCUAGGGGCAUUGAAUGGAUUUUUAACUGCCCAGCGAACCCAGCUGAAGGAGGAGCCUGGGAAAGGAUGGUGCAGUGUGUCAAGAGAGUGCUUCGCCACACAGUAAAGGAGGUGGCACCGAAGCAACAUGUGUUGGAGAGUUUCCUGAUUGAGGCCGAGAAUGUUGUGAAUUCGCGCCCGCUUACUCACUUGCCAGUAUCUGUGGAUCAGGAAGCCCCCCUAACACCGAACGAUCUACUCAAGGGAGUAGCCAAUCUGCCUGACACACCCACUAUUCAUGAGCAGCCGGACGAGAGAUGCGCCACAAGGAAGCAGUGGCGCAUAGCGCGGCUAUUACGAGAUCGUUUUUGGAAGCGGUGGGUCUUGGAGUACCUGCCUACACUUGUGCGACGCGUGAAAUGGUGUGCGCGCGUUGAGCCGAUACGCCAUGGAGAUGUGGUGUUUAUAUGCGACCCAGCCGUGCCACGCAGGGAGUGGCGAAGGGGCAUAGUGGAGGAGCUCUACCCUGGACCAGAUGGAGUACCUCGACGCGCCAGCGUACGCGUAGCGGACGGCAAUCGAGUGCGACUGAUGACUCGUCCCGUGGCUAAACUAGCCAUAUUGGAUGUGAGUGAAGCAGGGCCUUCACGGGGGCGGGGAUGUUGCGGGACGAAUUAAGUUAUCGAUUGUUUAGUAUUAAGUAUAUUCUGAAAGUAUGUAUUUUUGCCCUGUGAAUGUACGGGCACAUUGUAUUUGGCUUGUUGCCGCCAUCACUUAAAUGUUAAGCUCAUUAUUGUCGUGAGUUAGAAGGCCGUAGGAGGGAAGACUGCGAAUAAAACACUUGCACUAGCACGUUUUGCAUUACGCUGUCUCUAUUAACAUCGGAGUAACAUGGCCAGUGGCCAGGCGUAAACCUUGCAGUGUUCAAAUUGCAACUCCACCUUCGUUUGGCACGCGACAAAGCUUUUUAUUUAUAUAUACAAAUAUAUUGAUAAACAAACUUUUGCUAACCCAUAGA